GCUUAUUAUAAUGGUGUAAGUGUGAAUGUCAAUUUUCAAAGUGAAUAAUACAGUACAAAGUGAAAAGUAUAUGGAAAUAAUGCCGAGACCAAAGCGUACAGUAAGUUAUUAAAAUCAUUUAGAAAUAACGAAACGAUAAUAGAAAAUAUUUAGAAGAAUAUUAUUUCACAAGUUUUAGUGCAUGUUCAUUGACUAUUAUGUAUAAAAAGGCGGGUAAAAAGGCUUAUGCUGAAGAAAGUGAUCCUGACGACAGUUCUGACUUUGACGAAGAUGAGGAUCCUGAUAAAAUUGAAGUUCCAGGUGGAGGGAAAGAUUUGGCGACAGCAAUUAGUGGAUUACAAGCGCCCAAAAAAGAAGAAGUUGUAUCAACUCCAAAUAAUAUAAAUAACAUGGUGAAAAUGAAUCAAAAAAUACCUGGAGGUUUGGUUACAAAAGGAAAUGCUCAACCUGGUUAUGAAAUGGUUCGAGGAUCUUCAGGAAUUUCUGGUUUUCCUAUGAUGAGUUCACCGUUUGCAAUGGGCGGAGGUGCCGGUAUGCUAGGAGCAGCUAUGGGUAUGUUCUCUGGCAUGCCCAGCGGCUUCAAUGCCGCUCAAGUACUGCAGCAGAUGGAAAUGGCCACUAUGGGCUUAGGAAUGGGUAUGAGCCCCUUAUUAAUACAAACAUUUCUUGCACAAAAUUCACAACAUAUGCAAAUGCCAUGGGGCAUGCCUCCAAUACAACAGCAAUUCAAAGGUGCACCUGGCUAUUGGAUGCAUCAAAAUCAAAAGUUACAACCUGUUGUUGAAGAGGAAGAAGUUGAUGAUGAAGAAAUGGGCGUGGCCGAAACGUACGCUGAUUACAUGCCAUCUAAAUUGAAACUUGGUAGAAAACAUCCAGAUCCAGUGGUUGAAACAGCUUCACUGUCAAGUGUAGCACCCGUGGAUGUUUGGUAUAAAGUAUCAAUACCAGAAGAAACAAUUCAAAAAGGACAUUUAUCUGCUUUGCAAUUGGAAUCCAUUGUGUAUGCAUCACAAGCUCACGAUCAAAUUUUACCAGAUGGAACCAGAGCUGGAUUUUUAAUAGGUGACGGAGCCGGAGUUGGUAAAGGUCGUACAAUAGCUGGUAUUAUAUUUGAAAAUUAUUUAAAAGGACGCAAACGUGCUAUUUGGGUAUCGGUGUCAAAUGAUUUGAAAUACGAUGCGGAACGUGAUUUAAAAGAUAUUGGAGCUGGAAAAAUUGACGUACAUCCAUUAAAUAAACUAAAAUAUGCAAAAAUUUCCUCGAAUAUAAAUGGUAAUGUAAAAAAAGGUGUUAUAUUUAGCACAUAUAGUGCUUUAAUUGGUGAAUCAAAUAGUGCUGGCGGUAAAUAUAAAUCAAGGUUAAAACAAUUGCUACAAUGGUGUGGAGAAGACUUUGAUGGACUUAUUGUAUUUGAUGAAUGUCAUCGUGCAAAAAAUUUAUGCCCUACCGGCUCAUCAAAACCAACAAAAACAGGUUUAACUGUACUGGAGAUACAAAAUAAAUUACCAAAAGCACGUGUUGUAUAUGCUAGUGCCACGGGAGCUUCAGAACCUAGAAAUAUGGCAUAUAUGGUACGGUUGGGUUUAUGGGGUGAAGGUACACCUUUCCCAGAAUUUUUAGAUUUUAUUAAUGCCGUUGAAAAGAGAGGAGUUGGAGCUAUGGAAAUUGUUGCCAUGGAUAUGAAAUUACGUGGCAUGUAUAUAGCUAGACAGUUAAGUUUCCAUGGUGUCGGUUUUAAAAUCGAAGAAGUUCCACUAUCGAAAGAUUUCGUUAAAGUUUACGACAGUUCUGUCAAAUUGUGGGUAGAAGCAAUGCAAAAAUUUCAAGAAGCUGCAGAAUUAAUAGAUGCUGAAAGUCGUAUGAAAAAAACAAUGUGGGGACAAUUUUGGUCAGCACAUCAGCGAUUCUUCAAAUAUCUUUGUAUUGCUGCCAAAGUACCACAUGCAGUAGUUACAGCACGUGAAGCUGUUAAAUGUGGGAAAUGUGUUGUAAUUGGUUUACAAAGUACCGGAGAAGCACGAACAUUAGAACAAUUAGAACGGGAUGAUGGAGAACUUAGUGAUUUCGUUUCGACAGCCAAGGGUGUACUUCAAACAUUAGUAGAAAAACAUUUUCCAGCACCAGAUCGAAAUCGUAUACAGAGGUUGUUAGGUUUGGAAGCGCCAACACCAUCAUUACCGGUAAAUACGAAUGGAGUUAAACAAGAAGCUAGUAGUUCCAGUAAUAAACGUAAAACAGAACCAGGAACUAAACGAAUGUCAGCUCGACAGGCUGCUGUUCGUGCUGCAAAGAAAGCAAAACAAUCAGCAUCGUCAUCAGGAUCUGAAUUUGAAUCAGGUUCGGAAUAUCGGUUAUCAGGCAGUGAAUCAGAACAUAGCGAUGAAGCGAAUUCGGAUAGCAACGCCAGCAGCGAUUUUAAUCCAUUUUACUCAGACAGUGAUUCUGAUGCAGAUCCAUGGGUUGGUGGACGAAAGAAAAAAGGUAAAAAACAUAAGAAAAAAGUAGCGGUUAAACGACCUUCAACACAAGAUAAAAUUUCCGAUUUACUAACACGAAAAACACAAGCAACAAAAACAACAAAUGGCGACGCAACUAAACAAACACCGUCGAUAGCACCUCCAAGAGAUGCAAUCGAACGUGCAUGCUCAAUGAAAGAAAAACUAUUACAACAAAUUGAACGAUUAGGUGAAAAAUUACCACCGAACACAUUAGAUCAAUUAAUUGAUGAAUUAGGUGGUCCUGAAAACGUUGCUGAGAUGACAGGGCGUAAAGGACGUGUUGUACAAACUGAAGAUGGUAUCCAAUAUGAAUCGAGAUCAGAGACUGAUGUACCAUUAGAAACAUUAAAUUUAACUGAGAAACAACGUUUUAUGGAUGGUGAAAAAGAUGUUGCCAUUAUAUCAGAAGCCGCGUCAAGUGGUAUUUCAUUACAGAGUGAUCGUCGUGCACGAAAUCAACGACGACGUGUUCAUAUAACUUUAGAAUUGCCAUGGAGUGCUGAUCGUGCAAUACAACAGUUCGGACGUACACAUCGUAGUAAUCAAGUGAACGCACCUGAAUACAUAUUUUUAAUAUCAGAUUUAGCUGGUGAACGGCGAUUUGCUUCGAUUGUUGCGAAACGUUUAGAAUCUUUAGGUGCGCUCACGCAUGGAGAUCGACGUGCAACGGAAACGCGAGAUUUAUCACAGUUUAACAUUGAUAAUAAAUAUGGUAGGGCAGCGUUAGAGGCUACAAUGAAAACAAUUAUGAAAUAUGAAGCACCAUUGGUACCUCCACCAAAAGAUUACAAAGGUGAUUUCUUUAAAGAUGUCGCCGAUGCUUUGGUUGGAGUUGGUAUCAUUGUGAAUAGUGAACAAAUGCCUGGAAUAUUAUCAUUAGACAAAGAUUAUAAUAACAUGAGUAAAUUUUUAAAUCGAAUAUUAGGGAUGCCAGUUGAUUUACAAAAUCGUUUAUUCCAAUAUUUUACUGAUACAUUAGCAGCAAUUAUUUCACAAGCGAAAAAAUUGGGACGAUUUGAUAUGGGAAUAUUAGAUUUGGGAACAACUGGAGAUAAUGUAAAACGUAUUAAAGUCUACACAUUCCUUAGGAAACAUUCAACAGGAAUUGCACCCACUGAAUUACAUGUUGUACAAGUUGAACGUGGUAUGAGUUGGGACGAAGCUGUUGAAAAAUGGGGUGAAUUAACAAGUUCAAAAGAAGGAUUUUAUUUAUCACAUCAAGUAAGAAAUAACAAACAAACUGCAAUACUUGCCGUAGAAGUGGAAGCAAGUCCAAAGAAAAAAUCUGAUAAUAAAAAAGAUCAAUUAUUUACUGUAUAUAGACCAAAUACAGGUCUACAAUUUCGUCAAGAAUCGUUAGCUGAAUUAGAGAAGAAAUAUAAAAAAGUAACAAACGAUGAAGCCGAAUCACAUUGGAAACAACAGUAUGAAGCAUCAGUAACGACAUGUUCACAUGCUUAUUGGCGUGGUAAUUGUCGUAAUGCAACACUUGGACAAGAAUGUGAAGUUGGUUUGCGGCGGCGACAGUAUCAUAUUUUAGCUGGUAGUGUACUUAGUGUAUGGGCUCGAGUCGAAAGUGUUCUAGCACAACGGAGUAUUGCACAAAAUAAAAUGCAAGUAGUCAGAUUACGAACUGAAGAUGAAUUAAAAAUUGUUGGUACAUUGAUUCCUAAAAAUUGUGUUGAAGCACUAGUUGAAGCUUUAUCAUCGGAUGCAGAACGUGUUGAUGAAAAGAAAUUUUAAAUUAAUAUUCGAUAUCGAUUUAAAAAUUAAAUUAAAAACUAUAAACUUGUAAUUUAGAGGAAGAAAAAAAAGACUUAACUUUAAAACAAACAAAAAAAAAACAUUUGUAGAAACAAAAAUAAUGUUUGCACACAGAACUAAAAAAAAAAAAAAACUAUGUAUUUCUCACAUAAUCAUACACCGUUUAAUUUAUUUUUGUAAUAAUCAUAGUGAACUCAAAUGAGAGUCGUCCUGUCUUGACUUCGACGUCGUAAUAAUCGUUCGACCCUUUUUUUGUAAUAAAUAUUCAUUAUUAUAGUUCUAGUAUUUUUUCCGAAAGGAUUAAAAAAAUUAUUCAAGUAAUACUUUAAAUUACUUCACAGCUUCUAAAAAUGUUGACUCUAUGUGCAUGCUGAGUUCAUGCAUAAGACAAAAUUUAAUAAAAUGGUUACUAUUUACGCUCUAUUGCGCUAAUUAUGUAUACAAAUCGACUGUUUGAUAAAAAACGAAAGAAUUAAUCUAAAGCGUGGCUGCGAUUACCCUUAAUUAAAGUUAUGUGUCCUCAUGACAGGAUAUAUUUCGGGAUGAAAAGAGUUAUCUUCCCGAUCAAUUUCAAAUUAAUUCAAUUUUGGAAACAAAUUAUUUUAAAUACAAAAUGGCGCAAAAGUAAAAUCACCAUGAAUUGGAAUCAUUUUAUUUGAAAAUGGAAAAAAAAUUUGUUUACGUGAAACAUUUGGAUAUAUCACGAAAAUUUUAGUAUUGAAGACGUGAUUCUUUAUCGAUAUCUUGAAUAGCCAGGGAAAAGUUAUUUCAUGGUCAAUUCGAUCUUCAUCCUGGUUUCUUUCUGGUAAGCAUUUUCAUUUUUGUUUUCAAGUCGUGUCUCGUCACCGAUUCGAGAAUCUAAAACUAAAUUCUUAUUGAGUCAGAAUAACAAAACAAUUUUUUUUUCGUUCGUGAUUGAAGAUGAGCUUUAACUGAAAAACUUCAUCAUGAUUGAAAUUUAAAAGAUUUCGACUGUUCUAUUAUUAUCCAGAAUUGUACGUACCAGCUGUUUCAAGACGAGUGACUAAACGUGAAAUAAAUUAUAUUUUCGAUGGAAUAAUUACUUUUGCGCCAAGUAUUAAAUCUACGGUAAAAAUCUUACUGUAUAAUCGUAAUCUUUUAGGGGCAUUUAAAUUAUAAAUUUAACUAUUUCGAGUAUCGAUAAUUCGAUUUUUGCAACGAUUUGUAGUGGGGGAUAAUCGUAACCAUAGAAAAAAGUACUAAGCUAAAGUUGUCGGAAGAUUUUUAACGUCUUUAGUAUUUACAAAACCAUGUAAUAAUAUUAGUAAAGUGUUUUUUUUUAAAAGAAAGCAUAGCUUUAUAAUUUUUCAUUGAAUAAAGUAUUUUCCGUUUUUUCUAAGAGAUAUUGAUCUCACUUCUCAUUUACCCCCUAUAUAACAUAUUUAUCUAACAUUUUUACCCUUUUCUCUCUUCUACAAUAAUUAUAACCGUGGCAAUUCCUAAACUUAUAAAGGACUGUGUGAGUAUGUGACGGCUAAAUUGGAAAAUUUAGAAAUAUUCGCAAAUUUUUUUUGUUAAUUACAUGUGUUA